AUGGGAUGGCCUGAAGCAAAUCAAACUGUCACUGAAUUCCUCCUAUUGGGUUUCUCAGACAAUCCAGAGCAGCAGCUUCUCCUGUUCAGCACCUUCCUAGGCAUGUACCUGAUCACUGUCAUGGGGAACUUGCUUAUUAUUCUGGCCAUUAACUUUGAUCCACGUCUGCACACUCCCAUGUACUUCUUUCUAGCCAACCUCUCUUUUGCUGAUGCUUGCUUUUCCUCUACUACAAUCCCCAAGAUGCUGGUGAACAUUCAGACCUAUAGUCAGGCCAUAUCAUAUCAAGGAUGCUUGGCCCAGAUGCACUUUUUUAUGACAUUUGGGGCACUGGAUGACUUCCUCUUGGGAGUAAUGGCCUAUGACCGUUAUGUGGCUAUCUGCAGGCCUCUUCACUAUUCCACAGUCAUGAGUCCUGUUGUGUGUAUUCUCUUUCUUGUAGCAUGUUGGGUUCUCACUAACUUUGCUGCUCUCUUACACACCCUGCUUAUGACUAGGCUUUCCUUCUAUAGUUAAUAUUUCAUUAUGAGGUUUGAGAACCAGAGCAGCGUAUCUGAAUUUAUCCUCCUGGGGAUCCCAAUACGACCAGAGCAGGAGAACUUGUUCUUUGCCUUGUUCCUGGGCAUGUACCUAACCACAGUGCUGGGAAACCUGCUCAUCAUCCUGCUCAUCAGACUGGACUCUCACCUCCAUACCCCCAUGUACUUCUUUCUGAGCCAGUUGGCUUUCACUGACAUCGCGUUCUCAUCUGUCAGUGUUCCAAAGCUCUUGAUGAACAUGCUGACUAAGUCCAAAUCUAUUUCCUAUGAAGGAUGCAUUUCCCAGACAUUUUUCUUCAUAUUAUUUGCCGAUUUAGAUAGUUUCCUCAUCACAUCAAUGGCCUAUGACAGGUAUGUGGCCAUCUGCCACCCUCUCCACUAUACAACCAUCAUGAGUCAGACCAUCUGUGUCAUGCUGGUAGCUGGAUCUUGGGUUAUAGCUUGUGCUUGUUCUCUUUUGCAUACUCUUCUCCUAGCUCGACUAUCUUUCUGUGCUGAUUACACUAUUUCCCACUUCUUCUGUGAUCUAGCUGCCUUGCUCAAAUUGUCCUGUUCAGAUACAUCCAUCAACCAAUUGGCUAUAUUUACUGCCGGGUUAGCCGCCAUUAUGGUACCAUUCUUAUGUAUCCUGAUUUCUUAUGGACGUAUUGGGGCCACUAUCCUCCGAGUUCCCUCUACCAAGGGCAUCUGCAAAGCUUUAUCUACUUGUGGAUCACAUCUCUCAGUAGUGGCUCUAUACUAUGGAGCAAUUAUUGGUUUAUAUUUUCUUCCUUCAUCCAACAACACCAAUGAGAAGAACAUAGUAUCUGCAUUGAUGUACACAGUGGUCACUCCCAUGUUGAACCCCUUUAUUUAUAGUCUAAGAAAUAAAGACAUGAAAGGGGCUUUGAGAAAACUUUUGAGUAAAAAAACAUGUUCUUUCAACUGA